CGGAAGAGUCGUCAAGGGGGGUUAAAGCGUCGGUAAAAAUAGCCAUUCAGCAAAAACCUUUUUAAGUGCAAAUAGUGUUGGUAGCGAAGUAGCGUCGAACAAACAAAUGUGGUGGAACGGUCGAGUGUGUGCAAAUGUGUGCGGCGCAUUAUAGUCCGCCGUAGAACUAAUUAAAUAGCCGCAGAAAAGUUGGUGAACAGAUUUGACGGACUACCACGGGCAUAAGUCAAAGUACAAAUCCCCCCACCAACCCAUUACGAUGAGUGUCUCGCGUGGCGGCAACGGGGGCAGCACAACGCUGGAUCUGGAGCCACUACUGGACGAGAGCCAUGAAGACAGCGAUGCGGAUAAUAAAACGACCAGCGGCGGUGCCUUGCUGAAUGGCUCCUCCUCGAAGGAGUCUCGCUCCGGCAGUGUGGGCCACCGGGAGAGAGAGCGCGAGCGGGACGAGUCGGCGGUGUUCAUCAAGAAGAUAAGCAGCGCGCUUUUCUACGGCCUGUCGUCCUUCAUGAUAACCGUGAUCAACAAGACCGUGCUGACGUCCUACCACUUUCCCUCGUUCCUGUUCCUCAGCCUGGGCCAGCUGACCGCCAGCAUAGUGGUCCUGGGCAUGGGCAAGCGCCUCAAGCUGGUCUCCUUCCCGCCGCUGCAGCGCAACACUUUCGCCAAGAUAUUCCCACUGCCACUCAUCUUUCUGGGCAACAUGAUGUUCGGCCUGGGCGGCACUCAGUCGCUCAGUUUGCCCAUGUUCGCGGCAUUGCGCCGCUUCUCCAUACUGAUGACGAUGCUGCUGGAGCUGAAAAUACUCGGGCUGCGGCCCUCAACGGCGGUGCAGGUCAGCGUGUACGCUAUGAUCGGCGGGGCUCUGGUGGCCGCCUCCGAUGACCUGUCCUUCAACAUGCGCGGCUACAUCUACGUGAUGAUCACGAACGCCCUGACCGCCUCAAACGGGGUUUAUGUGAAGAAGAAACUGGACACGUCGGAGAUCGGGAAGUACGGCCUGAUGUUCUACAAUUCGCUGUUUAUGUUUCUGCCCGCGCUGGCGCUCAACUUCUUCACCGGCGACCUGGAGCAGGCGAUCAACUUUAGCGAGUGGCACGACCCCGUGUUUGUGACACAGUUCCUGCUCAGCUGCGUCAUGGGCUUCAUACUGUCGUACAGCACCAUUCUGUGCACGCAGUUCAACUCGGCGCUGACCACCACAAUUGUGGGCUGCCUGAAGAACAUUUGCGUGACGUAUCUGGGCAUGUUCAUUGGCGGCGACUAUGUCUUCUCGUGGCUCAACUGUAUCGGCAUCAAUAUCAGUGUGCUGGCCAGCCUGCUCUACACGUACGUGACCUUCCGGCGGAAACGGGCGCCCGAUAAGCCAAGCAUCAGCCACUUGCCCAGCAGCGCUCGCGGCGAGAAUGUUUAGCCUCUGUAGCUUCUCCACAGCUUUAGCUCCAACUCAAGCCAAAGCCAUAACACAUAAUACAUAGAUCUAUAUGUUUAGCGUAUCCCCAGACCGCACACACACCAUCGCCAGCGUCAGCAUCGUCUCUGUACAUACAUAUAUGAAAGAUAGUAUGUAAACAUUUGUAGUUACUAAUUAGCAAUUAUGUAAUUUUAAUCACUUUGUACAUUUUGUCCCAUGCAAUAAGUGUUUUUGCUGCAUCCAAGAGUGUCAUAAGUAAAUAGAAAAUAUACAAACGACAAAUGACAGAAA